CCAGACCAUGAGCUUUUCGCAGCCCUGCGUUGGAACUAUCACCUCCACCGUCUUGUCUCCCUCAGCCUCGCGACCCGACAACUUCAACUUCAACUUCAGCCUCUCUUCUACAACCAACUCGAGCAACCACCCCCCCAAGCGCCCGCCCAUCGCCCAGUCGCAAUGGACUUCCAGAACCGCGCCGGCUCCAAGUUCGGCGGCGGCGGCGUCGCGUCGCAGUCGGCCACCAACGCGGACCGCCGCGAGCGCCUGCGCAAGCUCGCCCUCGAGACCAUCGACCUCGACAAAGAUCCCUACUUCUUCAAGAACCACGUCGGCUCCUUCGAGUGCCGCCUGUGCCUGACCGUCCACCAGAACGACGGCUCCUACCUCGCCCACACCCAGGGCAAGAAGCAUCAGACCAACCUCGCCCGCCGCGCCGCCCGCGAGCAGAAGGAGGGCAAGCAGGCUGUCGACCCGGCCACCGGCUUGCCCGUCGGCGUCUCGGGCGUCGGCUUCGGCGCGCGCCGCAACGUCGUCAAGAUCGGCCGCCCCGGCUACAAGAUCACAAAGAUUCGCGACCCCGUUACCCGUCAGCAGGGCCUGCUCUUCCAGCUGCAGUACCCGGACGCCACCCCGGAAACCGCCCCCAAGUGGCAGGUCAUGAACGCCUUCACCCAGCACAUCGAGGAGCCCGAUAAGAACUUCCAGUACCUACUCGUCGCCGCCGAGCCCUACGAGACGGUCGGCUUCAAGAUCCCCGCCCGCGAGCUCGACAAGCGCGAGGACCGUCAGUUCUGCUUCUGGGACCCGGACGCCAAGGAGUACUGGAUCCAGGUUAUGUUCAUGACGGAGCGGGAGGAGCGCUUCAACGCCGCGCCAGGUCUGACGGCGCGGUAAUGGGAGGGACUGACAGGGUUGGCGGUUAAGAGACACAACGGACAGAUGUCGAAGAUAAACGGGACAUAACGAUCCAAAAAAAGUAUACCAUGCGCUGCAGCCCACAUAACGGGACAUGCAGUCGUCACAGAAGAGUAGGAUGGCGUUAGGCACUCUCUGCGGUUCAGGGGCAUGGCGCAACGGACGCUCUUGCGACGAGCAGGCGAGGAUUGCGCACGAAGAAGAAGGGACCAACCUCGCGUCAUCAAGAGGCUCUUCGCUGGCCAAGAAUCUUCAGCUUCUUGGGCCUGGGAUAAUGACUAGAAUGUAUAUACAAUAUGAUUAGGUAUGAUUAGGCCAUACUUAUUGGCUAGGAGUUGGGUGGCAGGUCCUUGGGCUUCAAAUCACAUGCACACAGAUCUUCAUG